CUCAAGGGGAUAAUGAAUUCUCCUGUGUAGCAGAGGUGACUGGACAGGGAACUCCGAGGCUCUCAACAGAUGUUAAAGGAUUGAUGCAAGUCCCAUUGAAUGCCAGGUGUGGCAUAAUGAGACUUACUCUGCAAUAUGCGGCUUGUUUUGUGGCAUUUUUGUCUGCAGGUUUCCUGAUUGUGGCAACCUGGACCGAUUGCUGGAUGGAGAAUGCAGAUGACUCGUUGGAGGUGAGUACAAAAUGUCGAGGUCUUUGGUGGGAAUGUGUCACCAAUGUGUUUGAUGGGAUACGAACCUGCGAUGAAUAUGAUUCUAUAUACGCUGAGCACUCCGUGAAAUUAGUGGCAACUCGGACAUUGAUGAUACUGGCUGAUAUUCUUGCGGGAUUUGGGUUCAUUAUUCUUCUUCUGGGUCUUGACUGCGUAACACUACUCACAAAUGACUCGAGCAUUAAGCUGAAGAUUUGCUUUGUUUCUGGCAUUACCAUGGUUAUUGGAGGUGUUCCUGGGAUCAUUGGGUCAGUGUGGUAUGCCCUUGAUGUAUAUGUAGAGAGAACAAACUUGUUGUACAGUGUUUUCCUAGGAAUUCAAUAUAAGUUUGGGUGGUCAUGCUGGCUUGGAAUGGCAGGAUCUCUUGGUGGUUUUGUAUGUGGAGGUGUUCUCAUAUGCUGUCAUUAUUUUUUUGAAGAGAAUGGAUAUGGGAGAGGAAUUUCUUAUGCCUCAAGAAAAAUCUACACCCAUAAUGGAGAUUCUGUUAACAAAUUUUAUUCACCAUCAAAAACAGAAACCGCCAAGAUGUACGCUGUGGAUACUAGGGUUUAAAACAACACCCAGGACUGUCAUCACUUAAACAGUUCAUCUCCCUGAAUGUACUUCAUUU